AUGGAUCCAAUGAUCUUUUAUAGCUGGAAUAACUACUCAACUGAAGAACCUAUGAAUGCUGUGGGAUAUGCUAUAUUAUUUCCAGGUUUAAUUAUAGCUUUAUCCAUUUUGGGAAUACUUACUAGCAUGUUCAUCAUGUCUGUUAAUUUCCAAUCCUGGAUAAAAGGACAAAACUUAAACCCAACUGACCUCCUCAACGUUGCCCUGGCUUUCUGCAACAUGGUCUUUUCUGUCUCAAAUUAUGCCUUCAUCACAUGCAUAUUUUUCAUCACUUGUUGGGUCUUUGAAUAUCAAGUCUACGUGGAAAAUUAUUGUUUUGCGUAUUCACUGUUCUGCAAUUCCUGGCUCAGCUCCUGCCUAUGUUUCUUCUACUUUGUGAAAGUCAAUAACUUUAAACCGGGUUACCUUGCAUGGCUCAAAUUACGGAUUAACACCCUGGUGCCAAGGCUAAUACUGGGUACUCAAGUGUUCUCUGUCUUGAACUCACUAUUAUACCUACUGGGGUUUUCGGAUGAGAAUGUUGAAAACUCAGCAGUUCCUCUUGUGACCAACCAGACUGCAAUUAUUACCGAUUACAGAACAUGUAUUUAUUUCUAUAUAUUUUUAUUGUUCAUUAACUGUUGUAUUCCAUUCCUGAUAAUAUUGGUCACCACCAGCCUUAAUAUUUCCUCACUCUACAAUCACAUUUGUCGUAUGCAAAAAAACUUGGGAGAGUUUGGUGGUCCCAGCAUGAAAAUUCAUCAAAGAACAGUUCUAACAAUGACACUGCUUCUUAUUUUUUAUAUGCUCUUUUAUGCUGUAGUACUGGGAUAUAGCUUUUUUUUAAAUACAGAGCUGUUCAUUUGGGUUUAUUACACAGCACUGUCUUUUUUUCCCCCUCUUCAGUCCAUUAUUCUAAUCAUGGGGAACUCCAGACUGAAGCAAACCUGUGUGAACAUAUUAAACAGUUGUAGGAAAAUGUUUAGUGAAAGGGAAAAUGCACCUACUAUAUGCACCUAA